AUGACGUCCAAGAUGAUGAUUCCGAAGAAGGAGGCAAAGAAGGAAGAGGAAGAACAAAAGCAUCCCUCCAUUGUAUGCCCUAAGCCACUAUACUCAGGUUUUCAGCCUUACAAUUCUAUCAAAUCUGAGAGAAAUGAUCAUUCUGAAUCAGCAGUGAUGUCUGAUCCCAGUGUUGGAUCAUAUAAAAAUUCUUCCAAGAGAACUAGGAAAAGAAGAAGACUCUCUUGUGAAAAAGAUCUUUCCCCAGAAACCUUCAGGAAAACCAGGAAUAAGAGACUUGCAAAAGAAUCUCGGAUGAGAAAAGGCAACUACAUCAAGACUCUUGAAAAUAAGGUCGCGGAGCUAGAACAUAAAAUUGUCAGCCUCAACGAGAAAUUAGAAAACUUUCAGAAAAAGAUCUCCUACAUUGAGAUAGGGGAUAAAAGAGGAUACCAUAAUAUUUCUGAAGCUCAAGAUUAUUGGCACAAUCAACUCUCUGAUGCACUCACUAACCCGAAGACUUCUCCUGAUCACUUGAGAGAUAUAGUUGAAUACUUCUUCAACACUCUUGGAGUAGCAGGUUCUGAUAGAAAGAAGGUUAUCAAGAAUGCAAUCAGAGUCAUUAUAGAUAAUUUGAUCCCAGAGACCAUUAAGACUUUAAUUUACUGUAAUAAACAAGAAAUCAAAGCAAAUGACAAGCAAUUAGAGUCCCUCAGAACAGCUUCAAAAUACAAGUAUGAAGAGAUGAUGAUAAAGAAUGGUUUUGGAAUUGCUGAGGAAUGACUGACCAAGGCUAACAUCACCAAACAGCAGAGACCAAUAAUUAGAAAAUUUUGCAAAAAUCUGACCCAAGUGAGACACUUCUACCAAGAUAUCGUGGAUUCUGCAAUUAUGUUGAGAAAGAAGAUAUUCAUUGGCAUGAAUAAGUUUAGCAAGAUCGCAGGAGAACUUCAUGAACAAUUAGAUGUGAAACAGCUUGGACAUUUCAUCAUGACUUCAAGACAUAUUAGGACCGCCCAUCAGAUCGACAUAUUCUCAUGUUGGGGGAUCCACAGGAUGACAGAGGAAGGAGACCCAGAAGAGAUGUCAGAAUAUGGACUUACUGACUACGAUUCAGAGAGCGACAAAUCUUAAAAAGUAUCCUGGUUAUUCAUAAAGAUUUAGAUAAUA